CCAACCCGUUUGACAGAAGGCUGUCCUUGGCUAGCCGACCUAGUCCGAGCGAGUUAGCUAGCUAAACAACGAAAACAAACCAUGGAUGUUUUACAAGACAAUACAAACCCUCUGAAUUAAUUAUAUGUAAAGUUGUCGGUGAGUUUAGCUAGGCUGACACUGUGUGUUUCUAAAGUUAGCUAGUGCUAUAUCCUAUAUACAAAAACAACAACAGGAUGUGAAGACAGAGAAGUUGACACUCGCAUCCCGUCCAGCCACCGUUACUAAAAGCUAGCAUUGACCUCAACCAACGAUAACAACCCGUGGCCUCUUGGAUGAGUUUGUUGCACUCUUUAAAAAACACUGAUAACAUGAAAAAUAACCGUUAACAUUAACCUUAGUUAGAAAACUAACGUAAUGUCAAGAAAUCCUUUACAUCCUUUGUGCGACUUAACGGUUUGAUGUCACAUUAACCUGACUGUUUAUGUUUUCCAUUGCGUUAACAGUUAAACGUUCAUUUACUGACCAGCAGCGGAUGAGACAGCUGCUAGUAACAUUACAUCCUACGACCUGGUAUUCUUAACGUUACAUUAAACCACUCAUCAACAGUUUGGUAUAGGUAUCACUAGUCAUUCCCUUGCAAGCUUGACAGGCUAUAUCAUGUUAUGUAAUAGUUGUGAUGGUCAUUAAACCUCCUUUUUGGUCUCUUUCUGUGUGCAGCUGGGUUGUUACAGGUCCUGUGUUUGUGUGGCCCUGGCCACCCUCAGGGCAGAGCUGAGGGUUUGGGUCAGCUGUUGGGCUAAUGUCACAGAAUCCUGGUGAGGAGGGGGGUCUACCUCAGGCUGCCCCUAACAUCAACCUAGACAACCCCAUCCAGACUGUGGCAACAGGGGACACACUUGAAGAUCAGGCAUCACCUGUGGUUGAUGAAGCCUCUCCUUCUUCCACGUUCUCCUUUGAGAUGCUUGACAUGGAGUCGGUCCCAGCUCCUUAUCAAGAAGUGCAGCCUCACUGGUUCUUCUGUCGACGGAGCGAUGACAACACCUCCUGGCUUCCUUUUAGCAGAGAAGACUCUGACAAACUAGAGAAUGCCUGCAACACUGUAAAAGACGAGGAGGAUGAGGUAGUGAUAGCUGUGGAAGGAGAGCGGUAUGAUGUACAUGUCAAGGAGAGAAAGCGCUAUGCUGUGUACUGGGAGCAAGGUCCCACUGAAGUCCGCCGCUGUACCUGGUUCUAUAAAGGAGACAAAGACACCAUUUUCAUGCCUUACCCUGAGGACGUCAGCAAGAGUCUGGAGGAGGCCUAUAUGAUAGCAGUGACCUUGAAUGAAUGGAAGAGGAAACUGGAGUUUUCCAAUGGAGAGACUGUCAUUUUACACAAUCCCAAGCUAAUAAUGCAGUAUCAGCCAAUAGGAUUGCAGGAUGAUUGGGUGUCCUCCCCCUCGGAGAACACCCGGCCUCAAACAGUCAAGAGGGGAGUGGACAACAUCUCUGUAGAAAUACCUGAUGGUGAACCAGAAAAGGUAGACCACCUUGUCUUUAUGGUCCAUGGCAUCGGCCCUGCAUGUGACUUGCGCUUCAGAUCCAUCAUACAGUGUGUAAAUGACUUCAGGAGUGCUUCCCUGUCCCUGCUGGCCUCUCAUUAUAAGCAUGCUCAGCAGGAUGGCCAGAUAGGAAGAGUGGAGUUCCUCCCAGUCAACUGGCACAAUGCUCUUCACGGUGAUGCCACUGGUGUGGACGAGGACAUCCAGAGGAUCACUCUACCCAGCAUCAGCAGGCUGAGACAUUUCACCAAUGACACUCUGCUGGACCUGUUUUUCUAUAACAGCCCCACCUACUGCCAGACCAUAGUGGACACAGUGGCCUCAGAGAUCAACAAGCUCCACACCCUCUUUAAACAGAGACACUCAGAAUUUAAAGGGGCAGUUUCAGUAGUGGGCCAUAGCCUGGGUUCGCUGAUCCUGUUUGACCUGCUGACCAAUCAGAGGACUGGAUUAGAAGCCAGAGAGGGGGUGCCCUCUGGUGAGCCCUUUCGUCUUAACUGUGACACACUGCAGCAGACUCUGACCAGACUGGGCCUAGAGCAAUACCUGGAUACUCUACAAGCAGAAAAUCUAGACCUGGAAUCACUGGCUCUUUGCCAAGAAAGUGAUCUCAAAGAUUUAGGAAUUCCUCUUGGACCUCGGAAGAAGAUCCUGAACUACGUCAGGAGGAAAUGGCUUUCAGAGGAUUGUAAGAAAAGGGCAGUACGCCUGCCACCUGGGUUGCAAGUUCCACCUCAAGUGACCAGCGAUCACGAUGGUAACCAGUCUUCAGGAUUAACGACGCAGCAGUCCCAGUUCCACAGGGCGCAGUCUGUCACCAGUGCUGUAGACUACGAAUACUUUGACGUCGGCAUUGGACAGGUAUCCAUUGAUUACCCACAGCUGGCUUUCCAUCCUCAAACAUUUUUUGCUUUUGGCUCUCCUAUUGGAAUGUUCCUGACCGUUCGUGGGCUCAAACACAUCGAUCCUAACUACACCUUCCCAACCUGCAAGAGCUUUUACAACAUCUACCACCCAUAUGACCCUGUGGCUUAUCGGUUAGAGCCUAUGAUUGUAACAGAGGUGGAUCUGGAGCCCAUGCUGAUCCCUCACCAUAAAGGCCGCAAGAGAAUGCACCUGGAACUAAAGGACAGCUUGACCCGUAUGGGCAUGGAUUUGAAGAACAAUGUUUGGGGAUUGUUACGGACAGCAUGUCAGUCCUUUGCCAGACCACCAGUUGCUGCACUUCCCUCGGUGGAUGGAGACACUACAAUAAAGAGAGACCUUCAAGAGAGACACAGAGUGUGUGAGGAGGCAGAGUCCUCAGUGUCAGCCGAGCAGACGGAGCAGCCUGAGAUUAAAGUGGGGAUGUUGAACGGAGGACGAAGGAUUGACUACGUACUUCAGGAAAAACCCAUCGAGAGCUUCAAUGAGUACCUGUUUGCCAUCCAGUCUCAUCUUUGUUACUGGGAAUCUGAGGAUACUGCUCUCCUGCUGCUAAAGGAGAUCUACGACAAGCAAGGUGUGGCCUUUGAACAGCCACAACAGUAAUAAAGUUUGUUGAAUCUAGACUUGCUUUUUAACACGACAUUAACCUGAAAGUGAGAAAAUGAAGGACAGCUAUCUGAGCCAGAGGCUGCACAAUCCUCUUCCAGAAUGCCUUACUUUCUUGGUAUUAUGUGACUGCCUCUCCUCCCUUGACAAUUGAGACUGUUUGGCUGUAGCCAACCUUCGUUUGAGGUAGGGGUGACUUCUUGGUGCUGCCUAAACUCCCAUUGCAGGACUGGGUUUGGUGCCUGAUAGUUUCAAAUCCACCCAAACACCAGUGUCAUGCUUCUGAUUGCACUUUUUUUUCUUUUUUUUUGUCAUUUUUUUCUUUUACUUUGCUUUACACUUUAAUUUUGCUGUUGACAUAUGCAUACAGCUGCAGCUGCAUAAUAUUGAAAACAUAAUUAUCAUGAAUCAUGAUAACCAGAAGACACUUGUAGUACUUGUUCAAAUAUGGAAAAAAGACAUCAAGUUGUGUUUCAAGUAAUUUAUCACAUUGGAUUACAAACUGGAAUUUAAAUGGAAAUUAAGAACUAACAUAAUAUAAUUAAGUGUGUUCAACAGGGUAUCUCUGUCUGACCCUUUAAACUCAAAGUUGUCUUGACCAAGGAAGCUCUCCCUUAGUCUAACAUCUUACCUUUAUAAAUAAGCAUGUCCGGUGGUUUCGUUUGGUUGACUAUAAAACGUUUAGAUUCUGAAGGAAAAUGAAGGUCGAUAUUUUGUCUCCAGGCAGCUCUAUUUUUUUCUGUCAACAUUAAGGCCACUUAAAACCCAAAGCUGCUACUCUUACAUUUGUGCAAUAUAACAUUUCACGGGUGUAGUCCUAUACUGACACUAUCAUUGAAAGUGAAGUUCAUCUGACAUAAUAUUUUUUAUUUCAGUUUUAUCAUAUCUAUACCUGUGUCUAAAAGGAGAUGACCAUUUGUGUCAGAAAUAAAGUAGGGAGAUGCAGGUGCUUGAAUGGACAAGCCGGUUGUGUAUGUAUGUACUGUAUGUGUGUGUGACUACAGUAUGUAUUCUUUAUCCUAUAAUAUGGUUAAUUCCAAAACGGAGUGGCAUCUCACAUAUAGACAGUUCAAACUUGUAUAAUCUAAGGGCCAAAUGGUACAUGUUUCUUUCAUCUGUUCCUUUGUAUGAAGGUAUUGUAAAAUCAUUUUUUGUAUUGCAUGCACUUCUUUGUUAUGUAAGAGCAGGACUGAUCAACAUUUUAUGGUCCUGACCUAAUUCUUAGGUCCCAAAAUGUUCAUAAUUCUCACGAAUCCAGCAAUAAGAGAGUUGUCACAUUGAAAUCAUAUGAAUUUGAUUUAAAGAGCAUGAUACAUAGAUUUGAAAAUAUGUUUCAAAGCAUAUACAUUCAUUUUAUAUAAAAUAUACGCAACAAAUAUAAAUAUAUCACUGUUAAUAAUAAAUAUUACAAAUCUGCACCAUCAAGCAACAUGGGGUCCAGACUAUGCACUGUCAGGGCACCACUGCCCCCACCACCAAAGCUCUGCCCUAUCUCAGCCCUCUGGGUGCCACAUCCGCACAAUACCUGAAUAACUUUAUGGUGUUCCUUUUUCUUACUUUAGAAAUGCACAUAUGCAACUUGUAAUGUUGCAGUUAGUACCUUGAACUUCUUCAUUGUGUUUGUUUCUGCAAUGUUCGUGUCUAAACACAGAAAAAAAUCCCUUAUCAUACUGUUUUUGCACUUGAUACUAAAAUGUUGAUACAUACCAAAAAACAAAUCCUUUCUGAAUACAUACACCAUAUGAAUAUGGUAACAGGUUGUGUGUGACAUAAUAAAACAUUACAAGUG